AUGGGGGAAAUCCUACUCUAUAACACCAGUAUGUUAAUUGCUCAUAACUUCAAGAUCCAUAUAGAAUUAGAAAAUGUUAAUAAGAAUUUAGUUAUACGUACAAUCUCACCCCCUCCAAAAAAUUCACCAUCCCCGAAGAGAGAGAAGAGAAGAGUGGGGAGAGAGAAAGAAAAUGAGAGUAGUAGGAGGGGGAAGAAAGAUAGAGUGAGUAAGGAGAGAGUGAGUGGGGAAAGAGUGAAGAGAGAGAGAGUGAGUGGGGAGCGAGAGAAGAGAGUGAGUGAGUGGGGAGAGAAGGAAGAAAGAGAAUGGAGAGAGAUAAGAGACUGUGAGUGGAGAGAGUUUGUUAAAAGGGGAAGAGACAGUGGAGAGAAAGUGAUUUUGGAGAGUUUUAGUGACGAGAGAGAGAGAGUGGGAGAGAAAUUUGGGGGAAAAGAGUUAGGACAGAGUUAG